AUGGACCACAGGCUCUGCAGAAGCAGCUGGGCACCGCUGACUGGGCUGGUGGUGUGUCUGCUGUUAUGCGCGUGUGUAGUGGAUCUGGUCCUUGCGCAGAUUCGUUACUCUAUUCCGGAGGAACUGGAGCACGGCGCAUUCGUCGGUAAUAUCGCCGAGGACUUGGGCUUGGACGUGGCCAAGCUGUCCGCACGCCGGUUCCGUAUCGUCUCUGGUGCCAAAAAGCAGUACUUAGAAGUCAACUUGGAAAACGGCAUUUUAUUCGUCAACGAGAAGAUAGACCGGGAGGAGCUGUGUGAGCGGAGCCCGAGCUGUUUCUUACACUUGCAAGUGGUCAUUGAAAACCCGCUAGAACUGUACAGAGUAGAGGUGGAGAUUUUGGACGUGAACGACAACUCGCCCAGCUUUCCUUGGAGCGAGUUUAAUAUUGACAUUACAGAGUCGGCUGCGCCCGGCUCCCGUUUCCCGUUAGAGAGCGCACAGGACCAGGACGUGGGCAUCAACUCCCUCCGCUCGUACCAGCUAAGUGCUAACGAGCACUUCGUGCUGAAUAUCCAGACUCGCAAUGACGGGAGCAAGUUUGCCGAACUAGUGCUGGACACGCCUCUGGACCGGGAGCAGCAGAAGAUGCACGAGAUGGUGUUGACCGCUUUUGACGGGGGCUCCCCGGAGCGCUCCGGGACAGCGCUGAUAACGAUCACAGUAUUGGAUGCAAACGAUAACGUGCCCGUGUUUGAUCGAUCCGUUUACCGCGCGAGUCUAGUGGAGAACGCGCCGAGGGGGACACUGGUGUUGAAACUGAAUGCCACAGAUUUGGACGAGGGCUCGAACGGGGAAGUCACCUACGCGUUCAGCGGCCACGCUCCUCUCAAGGUGCGCGAGUUGUUCAGCGUGGACCCGUACACGGGCGAGAUCCGAGUAAAAGGUGUGGUGGAUUACGAGAAAGCGAGCGUGUACGAGCUGUACGUGCAGGCUAAAGACAGAGGUCCCUCGGCUGUAGCGGUGCACAGUAAAGUGCUAGUAGACAUCCUGGAUGUGAACGAUAACGCGCCUGAAGUCAUCCUCACCUCGGUGUCUACUCCCGUCCAGGAGGACGGGCCACCCGGCACGGUGAUAGCCGUUAUCAGUGUCAUGGAUCGGGACUCAGGAGAGAACGGGAACGUGGACUGCAAAAUCCCCAGCAACGUCCCCUUUCAGCUCCAUUCGUCUUUUAAAAACUAUUACACCCUGGUGACCAGCGAGUUUUUGGACAGGGAAUUGGUGUCCGAGUACAACAUCACCCUCACCGCCCGCGACUUGGGCUCUCCGUCGCUCUCUACCAGGAAAACCAUCCUCGUUCAAGUGUCUGACAUUAACGACAACCCCCCACGGUUCGCGCAGCCUUCCUACACGGUAUAUGUGACGGAGAAUAAUGCCCCCGGCGCUUCCAUUUGUUCAGUAAAUGCGUUCGACCCCGAUUCUAAUCAGAACGCCUAUCUGUCUUAUUCUAUUCUGGAGGGUCAGAUCCAGGGCAUGCCCGUGUCCACUUACGUCUCCAUCAACUCCGACAACGGCAAUAUCUACGCUUUGCGCUCCUUUGACUACGAGCAGCUGAGAAACUUUCAGAUCCAGGUCCAGGCACAGGACGCCGGCUUCCCCCCUCUCAGCAGCAACGUCACCGUCAACGUUUUUGUUUUGGACCAGAAUGACAACGCUCCGGUCAUUGUAUCACCGCUACCCAAGAACGGAUCUGUGGCCACGGAGGUCGUCCCCCGGUCAGUCGAUGCCGGUUACCUGGUCGCCAAAAUCACGGCGAUGGACGCGGACGCGGGCCAAAACUCGCGCCUGUCCUACCAAAUGCUGCAAGCCACGGACCCGAGCCUUUUCAGUGUGGCUCUGUACACAGGGGAAAUACGGACUAUUCGCCGUUUGGUAGAAAAGGAUGCGACGAGGCAAAGGCUUGUCAUAUUAGUGAAGGACAACGGGCAGCCGCCACUCUCCGCCACCGUCUCCAUCCUCCUCUCCGUGGUGGACAGCGUGCCGGAGUCGCUGUCAGAUUUCGGUGACCUCACGCUCAGCCCGCAGCCCCCCUCCAACCUCGCCCUCUAUUUGAUCGUGUCACUGAGCACCAUCUCCCUGAUAUUCCUGGUAGCUAUCAUCGUGCUGGCCGCGGUCAAGUGCUACAAGGACAGGGAGACGCUGAGCGGGUACAACCUCCCUCCGCUCGCUUGCUGCUGCUGCGGGGGCUUCCAGCCCGAGCCCCCCCCGGAGGUUUUCAAGAAAUCCAACCUCAACCUGCAGAUUUCAACAGCAGCCAAAGUGCCGACGAACUGCAUGGAGGUGAAUACGAACAGCAGUCUUUCCCAAUCCUAUUGUUAUAAAGCGUGUCUGACCCCCGAAUCGGCUAAAAGUGACUUUAUGUUCCUGAAGCCGUGCAGCCCGAGCAGCGCGCCGCGCAACAACGAGGCGAAGAGCGCGGACAACUCGUGGAAUGCGCCAAGCCGGAGCGCGUCCGUCAACAACGGAGCCACCACUCCAAACGAGCUCAAGCAGCCGAACACAGACUGGACACUCACAAAGAAUCAGAACUCUUCAAUUAAGAGCUAUAACUCUAUCAACAUGGAUGGUACGCUGAUGCGCAAGGCCAUGCAUGCAGACCCAGAUAACUAUGUCACCUCCAUGACUCCUGGACAGUACUGGACCUGGGGUACUCAUGCGAGAGGUAUGAAAGACUACAAGAUGUCUCCUCCAGCAGGGGUCCCACCUCGCGCCUGGACACCCCGGUGCACGCCUCCGCCCCAGCAGCAGCAGCCAUCGCUCCCACCUCAUGCCCACCCACACCCACACCCACACCCACACCCUCACCCUCCACCGGACUACCAGCACAACGUCUACAUACCCGGGACCCCCUCGGGCUUCUGCACCCUGAGGCCCACUGUGCAGCGUAGCGAGCUGGACGUACACAACUCCUUCUCCACCUUCGGUAAGAGGAGACGUCUCCAGAUGUCCCCCCAAGGAGAGGCUGCCAUUAUCAACAACGACUUGUACAACGACUGA